AUGGCAGCGUCAUCCUUUGACCAAACCUCGGCUCUGUUGCUUCUACCACCUCCACCGUCGACCUCGUUCGAGCAAUUCCAACAGGUCUACGAGUCCCUCCUCUCUACCGUCUGCUUACGACUCUAUCAAAACCUUCAAGGUGUCAACCGGACGGCUAUCUUGGAUAUUGCCCUUGCCCUUCCCGGCUUGCAUUCCCUGUCUCGGCCUCGGUCCCAGGUGUUUGGCAGUCUUCAAGCUUGUUUGGCCAACCUAUAUCGACUUCUGGGAGUUAUUUCCGUGAAGAAACGGAUCGAAUUGGAUGUGCCUGAUGGUAUCGACGCACGAAUAAUAUUCCUGGAUCUCGACUCUGUCCGGAGCCCUCCAACAGACUCGUCACCCGGGAACUCUCCGAUCGGCCCUAUUGUCCACUUGCAGACGCUGGCUCGGUCGUCACGACUGUGGAAUUGGAUCUUUUACCCGGAUAACCACGUAGGUCAGACGCUGGCAACGGCCUUCAGUAGUAUCUAUUCCCAGGCCAAGGAUCCCAAUGCGGGCGAUGUACAUCCCAUCUCGGGGGUUCCCAAAUGGACCCCCUCCGACGCUCUGGUGACUACUGAGGAUACCCAAGAACCGAUCUCACAUUAUUCGGUGAUCGUGGGAGGCACUUUCGAUCAUUUCCACAUCGGACACAAGUUCUUGCUCACUGCCACGGCGCUGGUCUUGCAACCUGCUUCCCCCGAGCAAGAUAGGGUCCUCGCAGUGGGGGUGACCGGCGAUGAUCUAUUAGUGAACAAGAAGUAUGCCGAAUUCUUGGAGAGCUGGGACGACCGGUGUAGGAGCGUGGCCGGAUUCCUCUCAGCCAUCAUGGAGUUCGACCCCCCUACAGAUAGUGCAGCGAGUAUCAAGCAAGUGACCCGGCCAGGCCCGAAUGGAAAGUAUAUGCUGGUGAAGGUUCGGCCCGGACUGACCAUGAAGCUGGUUCAGAUCCUCGACCCAUUUGGGCCUACCAUCACCGAGGAGAAUAUCAGCGCUUUGGUGGUUUCUAAGGAGACUCGUGCGGGAGGUACUGCAAUCAACGAGGAGCGUAUCAAAAAGGGCUGGAAGAAGCUCGAGGUGUUUGAGAUUGACGUGCUACUGAUGGGCGGCAUGCCAUCGCAAGACGUCGAGGAUUUUGCCUCCAAGCUAAGCAGCACAGAGAUCCGACGGCGUCAGAUGGAAAUGGCCAAGAAAUGA